AUGCCCACCCGCCGCGAGCUGCUCAUCGUCUGUCUGCUGCUCGUCGGCCUCAUCCUGCUGUCGCGGCCGAGCACGGAGGGCUUUCGGAUACAGAACCCGUUCAGGAGCGAUGAGGGCGGGGACGCGCUCAACUCGAUAAUCCCCGACUUCCUUGACGACAUUGAGAAGCACGGCGGGACCGUGAACGGGAAGCUCUGGGACACGCAGCUCGUGUGGCGCGGUGGGAGGGUGCCGGAGACGACGGUGGCUGCGCACACACAUGGGUGGACCGUGUUGGACAAACUAUACAUCAAGAACGGGACGAUGUACAUCGUCAGCGACCACAGGGCUAGCGUUCCGGACCUCAAGGAGAUCAUGUCCAAAGGCAUGUUCGUCAAGAAUGGACCCGAAGAGGAGCGGAAGAGAUUGCCGACGUCUGAGGACAUUCAGGUCAUCAGCACUAGGGAGGCCAAACGGCUUUUCGGAACUUCUGCUCAGAUCAUAGACGGUGUUACUUGGCUCGUGAACGACCCCCCACAAUUCAUCACACAUUACUAUCAUUGGGCCGCCGAGCUCUGGUUCGGCCUCUGGCGCACCUACUCCUCCCUAGAUAUCAACAUCGCCAAGGAUGGCAAGACGCACCUCAAAGCCCCGCGCCGCCUCAUGUUCCACCACCUCGAUGCGCACCACUGGCGCGACUACGCGGACAUGAACCAGUUCGUCGUCCGCAGCACCGUGCCCUCCAUUACCAUGGAGUUCGUCGACGACUGGCGCGACCGCGCCGAGAUGGACCGCGCUUUCGUCUUUGACCGCGUGCUCAUCGAGGAUCGUUCCACUGCAUUCCUGUCGAAGGAGGUGCAGCGCUACCAGCGCAUUGUGGCGAACGCGUUCCAGAUGCCUGGGAGCGUGAACUGGUGGAUGACGGUGCGCAACAAUGUGAUCGAGGCCGCCGGUGUGCACCGCUCGGUUGGCGAGGGCCUGACUGGCAAGCCGGUCAUCACGUAUAUUUCCCGUCAAACGUGGGGUCGCCGCAUGCUGAAGCCUGAGGACCACGACCGGCUGGUGCAGGAGCUGUACAAGCUGCGGGAUACGUACGGCUACGAGGUCAACGUCGUGAGCAUGGACAAGCUGUCGCGCAUGCAACAAAUCCAGCUGGCGGCGAGGACGACGAUCAUGAUGGGCGUGCAUGGCAAUGGGCUCACUUCGCUCAUCUGGAUGAACUCCUCGCCGCGUGCGACAGUCAUGGAGUUCUUCUUCCCUGGCGGGUUCGCAUACGACUAUGAGUACACGUCGAGAGCCAUGGGGCUGACGCACUACGGCUUCUGGAAUAACGAGUAA